CUCCGGGGGGAAAGUGUUGAGAGAUCUACAAAGUGGAAUUUUUUUCCUCCUUUUUUUUUUCUUCAUUUUCUUUUUCUUUUUUUUUUAAAAACCCUCUUCUUCUGCAGCCUUUGCAAAAAAAAAAAAUCCAAACUUUGGCAGAAAACUUUUCUUGACAGACCUGGAAGAGGAGGGGGAGGCAAAGAGACCCAAUCAAAACACAAAAAUGUGCUUUCAACCAACCUCUCCAGCCGCCUAGUGCUACCUGCUCUGCAGUAUUUCAAUAUUAUUUGCUGCACUCCUGCCAGGCGCCCCUGCCGCAACAUAACUUUGCUCCCCAGUUGCCCUCCUCGCCAAGCUUUGGAAAACUGUUGGGGGCCCGGCGGGGGAGGGAGGGUUUGGGUAGCAGUCACCCCCAGCUCCUUGCUGGCUUAUGAUUUUUUUCCCCCCCACAACCUGUUGCAGCAGCUCUCAGCCUUGCAACCAGGCUUGUGCAAUCUGAGGCCAAAAAAAUCAUCAUUCCCGGGACUUUUUUGGUGCUUUGUUUUUUUGGAGUUUAGAGGGGGAUUUUUUUCCCACCCCUCCCUUAAAAAAAACCAACGUCGCAUCCUCGCUCCUGGAAGAUGCUCCUGACCGUCUGCCUGCUGCUGGGCAUGUGCCUGGGCUGCUCCCAGGGCCUGGGCUCCUUCGUGCACUGCGAGCCGUGCGACGAGAAAGCCCUGUCCAUGUGCCCGCCCAGCCCGGCGGGCUGCGAGCUGGUGAAGGAGCCGGGCUGCGGCUGCUGCAUGAGCUGCGCCCUGGCCGAGGGGCAGUCGUGCGGCGUCUACACGGAGCGCUGCGCCCAGGGGCUGCGCUGCCUGCCCCGCCAGGGCGAGGAGAAGCCGCUGCACGCGCUGCUGCACGGCCGGGGGCUCUGCCUCAACGAGAAGAGCUACCGGGAGCAAGCCAAGCUGGAGCGGGAAUCCCGCGAGCACGAGGAGCCGACCACCUCGGAGAUGGCGGAGGAGACCUUCUCGCCCAAGGUGUACCGCAAGCACGGGCGCCUCUCCGAGCUCAAGGCCGAGGCCCUGAAGAAGGAUCGCAGGAAGAAGCUGACCUCGUCCAAGUUCGUCGGCGGGGCGGAGAACACGGCGCAUCCCCGGGUCGCCGUCCCUGAGCUGAGGCAAGAGUUCGAGUUGGGCCCUUGCCGCAGGCAGAUGGAAGCCUCGCUGCAGGAAAUCAAAACCAGUGAACGAAUGAUCCCACGAGCCGUUCACCUUCCCAACUGCGACCGGAAGGGAUUCUACAAGAGGAAACAGUGCAAGCCGUCCCGGGGGCGGAAGCGCGGGCUGUGCUGGUGCGUGGACAAGUACGGACUGAAGCUGCCGGGGACCAAUUACGUGGCGGGCGACCUGCAGUGUCACAGCUUCGACAGCGGCGUCACCGAGUGAAGGGCCUGCGCCGUCCCCCCGCCCCCUGCCCCCACGCCUCCCCACGCCCCGGGACUCCGAACCCUUUCAUCUCAUUUCGAAAAACGGAAGAAAUUGAGGACCUCGGAAUCUGCAGCUCGUCCUCGCCAGCUCGGCGGCGGCGGCUAACGGAGAAGAGGAAAGCAGAAGUCAAACCGGCGCCGCCUUCCCAGUACAGACCCCCCCAAAACUGCUCUCGACUCCCCAUGCAGGGACGCAGCCAGCGCCAACGUAGGCAUCGACUUGGGGGCUUUUCUAUUGUGGGUUUGGUUUGGUUUGUUGAUAUUGGGGGGGGGGGUGUCUUUUUUUGUUUGUUUUGGUUUUUAGACUAGCCAGCAACUUUCUAAACGGUCUCCAGCGAAACCAGACAAAGCCCCACGAUGAGGCGCACGUCCACCGCUCAGCCCUGGCGUUUGAGUGGCUUGUUUGGCACUGCCAGAGCGAAUAUUGACCCUCCACUGGCGCUAAAAGUCCUUUGAUUGAUAUCUCGAGAGAGAGAGAUGCACAGCUUUCUGGGCGGUCGGGGUCUAGAACAUUGUUGGAAAUGGGUUUGCGUUUCUUUAGUCAGGGGAUAACAGCUCCUGCCGGCAAAAAAUAGUGGUGGCUCCUUUAAAAAAAGCAGCCAAAAGAUAACCAAUCACCUUUGGUCUGACCCAGUCUGGCCGUUCUUAUGUCCUGUAGACGUGAAUGGGCCUUUCCCCGGGCUUAAAAUCCUGCACAAGGUCAAGUGUUUGGAAAAUCAGCGCCCAAAUUCAGGCAGAAGGGCCCCCCCACCCACCCACACAAUCCUGCAAACAAUUUAGCAUGUGUAUAACUUUACUCACGGGUGCAGUCCCACAGGCAGCUGUGCUUAAAUGGCUGUGGGAUUGGGCUCAAAAAUCUUUACCACCCUCUGCCAGGAUGGGGAAAACGAAUGCUAUUGUCCUUGCCCAUCAGAAGAAUCGUUUGCCCAAAUGCAAACCUCCCUCUUCUUCUAUUGCAAUGGUAAGAUACAAACGUCAAGUCUCUCCCCCUGCAAGGAGCUCCAUAGACGCCUAGGCCCCGGCAGAGCUUAUUGUGGGAUCAGUGCCGUAACUUGGCCAGGACUGUUUGGCCAGCUCGUCAGCUGUCGUGACUCACACCACGGAAGCCACUGAUCUGACCAACUCAAGCGGCAUCUUCAGGCGUGGCCAGAUCCCUGCAGCCUUUUGGACUUGUGUAUUUUUUAACUCUUGGGACCGUUUUUCCCCCCGCUACUUUCACCACGACAAGGGUCUUUGUUAAGGUCGCUCCCAACGAGACUCCGCAGCAAAGAGGACGGGGCGUUUGGCUGACUCCCUGCUUUGGCGAACUACCGGUGCUCAAGCUGUCGCUAUCCAUUGCUAUGUUGCUGAGUGUGCGGACGCGCCCACUGAAAGAGCUAGACCCCACCCCAUCCUGGCAGAGGCUACGACUGGCUCAGGCGGCGUGCUGAUUAGAGAUACGAAGAGCAAGAUGGUUUCUUCCCUGUGCCAGCCGGGACGGGCCCUGCUGCGGGCUGAUCCUCAGGAAAGCCAGCGUGACACCCACAACACAGUAGCGCAGAUCAAAGGGAACCAAGGAAUCUCCCCGAGCUAGACUGGCUACUGCGUGACCAGAACUUGUGGGGUUUCUUCCUCGACCUUCCCAGAGGAGCAUGAGCCUGGCAUUGCGGGGGCUGGGCAGUGCCUCCCUCCCACGCCAGGCUUUGGGCAGUGGUGGGGGGAGUGGUUGCCCUGCCGGUUUUGCUGAGUGGAGCAGAGGGUUUUGCCCCGGGGGAGACUGGCAGGGAGUCUGUGUGUGCCAGCGCCCCCUGUCCGUGCUGUGACGCCGUGCUCCUAACACCAGAACAUGCCAUGCUCACGGAGCCUGAUUCUCAGUUCCCCAGGCACAUGCUCGGGGCAGAGGGCGCCUUGUAUUCUGGGGCUGGGCAGCCCCCAGGGUCAGGUAGGGCAGCCUCAGGGCUGCUCUGGCUUACGCCCUGGCCCCAGUGCAGUGUGCUCUGGCCACCCUUCCUCCCGUGGCCAGCUGGAGACGCGGCGCCUAGCAUUGUGCAGAGGGGCCGUAGUGUAACUGGGAACCAGGCCCAGGUGAGGGAAGCGGAGACUUAGGCUGAGAAACUGGCAGUGAUUGGAGAGCGGAAACCACCUCGAAUGCCUUUCUCCUGUCACCAGGUGGCGCCAUUUCCCAGGGCAAGGUUGGCUGUGCAGGUCCGUGGGUCUCCGUCCUGUGGGAACUCGCCGGAUCAGAUGUGUCCCCUCUCGCCCACCCACACCUGGUUCUCAGGAUGGUCCAUGGACUCCCCUCACCCCACCCCACCCCACACACACGCACCAGCUCUAGCUGUAGUGCAGGGAGGUGCAGAAAGCUCACGACACUUUUCCCUCACCCUGCUCGCGUCUACCAGGCUGCCAGCCAGACGCGUGCGGGGGACACAGGGCCACCCCCAGGGUACUCAGUGGAGUUACAGGAGGCAGGGCUGGGUCAGUCCAUUGGAAAUGGAAAGAAGAGGGGAGGUUUGCCAAAGUCCCACUUAUAUCCUGGUCCAGCUCUGCUCCCCGCCCCCAGGAGCAGACCCGGGGUGAUCCCACCUUGCUCCGGAGGUCACUGUGUGCAUUACAGGCGAGCCACAGCCUUGGAGAAUGGGGGUAGCUGGCAGAGAAGAGCACAGGGGCCAUGUGCACCCCAAAGAGGGACGGACUGCACCAGCAAAGCUCUCGCAUGGGGAGGUAGCGCCCCCAUCACCCUGGCUUGGCCAGUCCCUCUGCCACGCGCCCUCCCCAAGUGACCCCCAAGUCCUGACUCUUAGACCAGUACCCACCUUCCUCCCUUCUCGCGCGCUCUCGCCCUUGCUUGUUCGUUUGUCUUGCUGCGGGUUCAGUCCCCAAAACUUGAAAGCUACGAAAGCCUGUUCGGGCAGGGCCGGGCUGGGGUCUCGCCGUGUCUGCACUCGGCUAGGGAUGGCAGCUACUGGCUGUGGGGGGGGGUGUCACCUCCCAACUGUUCCUUAUAGCUCGCACCCUGAGACCUUUUAUUAAUGGGGCAAAGGAGAGUCUAAAUGUGGCUCUCGGCUACCCCAGGGUCGAGCCCCAGGCCAUUGCAGUCAGUAGCACGGAUCCCCUUGCUUUUACUGGGGGGAGAACUUGGUCCUCACUUCUGUGCUCUCAGUGGCGUUUACAGUGGGGGGCGAGAAAAGGACCGUCUCUGUGGCUCCAGUGGGGUCCCCCCACUGUACACACCCCGGGGGAAGGAGGGGGAAGGAGAGAAAUGCUGGGCCUGGGUCAGCAGCCUAGGAAAAGCCCUGGCUCUCCAAGCUAAAGGCCGGGUGGCAGCAAGACGACUCUCAGCUGAGCGUUGCCCCCUGUCCCAUUGGCUGCUGCCCCAACCCUGAUUGGACCCCCCCCCCUUUGUACUGGGCGACCACAGCAGUUCUGGUGGGAGGAACAACCCCAGGCCACCGUUUGCGUGUUCCCCCAGCCUGAGUGGCUCUGGGGGUUGGCGCUAACUGGGGGUGCUACAGCUGGCCGAAAGCUAAUACUCUUCUGCCUCAGUUCCUCCCCCCCUCCCCCGCUGAAGUGAUCCUGUGUGUCUGUGAGCUCAGCCCUGGGGGGAGGCACAGCCAGCCAUUGCCCCGUGUUACGGCUGCCAGUGGGAUCCCAGUGCUCUCCCCCCCACCCCCAAAGCAUUAAAGCUGCCCAUCGGCCUUCAUUCUGCGACCUGCCGUCACUCAGUGAGGGCCUGGAAAGUGGAUUGAGGCUGGUACAGAUUGAGGCUUUCCCAAGGCCACCUGG